AUGGACGGAAUGAAAGAUUUUCCUACCGAAUUCACCAGGCCUUUCUUCGUCUCUUUCAAUUAUUUAAGGAAAUGUAAAAUUGGAUAUUUCGAUAACGACGUGCCCUUUUGGCAGAAAUACUGGCGCUUCAUUAUUAAGACCGUGCUUGCAUUUUUGAACCUAAUCUCUAUGUGGAUGUACUUGUUCAGCGUUUUCGGGUCGCAGAUGAAUAUUGCUGAUAUCGCAUUCAUGGCAACUUCUUGCUUGAUAGCGCUCCAAAGUGUAUUAAAAGCAACGGUUCUGUUUCCAAAGAAGAAGGAAAUCGAAAACCUGAUUAGGGGUCUAGCUAGGAUGUGGAAAACGGAAAAUUUGAAUAAUAUCCAAACGAAGCAGAAAAACCGACGUCUAAAGCAGAUGAACGUUGGUCUGAAAGUUUUUUACUGGGCAAGCAGGGCUUCAGUGGUUCUAAAUCUAGGUCCUCAGCUGAUUUAUACCGUGGUCGGGAAAAUUCGUCAGCAGGACUUUGAAUUUAUACUGCCAUUCGGAUAUGUGUAUCCGUUUGAUCCCGUCAGGAAUUGGGGGCGAUACCUAGUGGUUUACUUUUUCCAAUGUUACAGCUUUGUUCACUUGACGGACUACUACCUCGGUGCACAAUGUUUGUCCAUAACUUUGUGCUUGCAACUUAGUACGGAAUUUGCUCUUUUACGAGAAGACAUAAAAAAUGCUAUACCGACGGCCAAUAAAAACAUAAUUACACAGGAGACGAAAUAUGUGAGCAAAAAUAUGAGAAUUGAAUCCAUGGUCAAAAAUCACCAAGAACUAAUCAAACUGGCGGAGUUAUUGAAUUACAUUUUCAAUCAAAUGGUUUUCAUCGAUUUGUGCUUCUUUGCUGUCAUACUGUGUUUUUUCGCCAUUAGUAUAUCGGUAUCUCACGAUGUUAUGGAUAGGAUCACCCAUAUAACGAGUUUGCUGACCGUUCUGGCUUUGGUUUACAUUGUCUGCUACUACGGCGAAAUGCUGAAAGAGGAGAGUGCGGCAAUAGCAGAAUCUGCGUAUGAGAACCCAUGGUACAAGGGAGGUACACACUACCAAAAGACCAUUGCAUUAGUCAUCAUGAGAGCUCAACAUCCCUGCCAUGUGACAUCUUUGAAUUAUGCACCGAUAUCUCUCAACACUUUUACUAAGGUAGUCAGCUCUACAUGGUCUUACUUCUCUUUAGCUAUGACAAUUGUGCAGAAAUAAUUUACCAAGUUACUUAAGAAGCAUAGAAGACACUUUCUAUCUUACUUUUGUCCUUUGGGUCCCAGUCUAUUUUUUGAAGAUUUCCUCGAGUAUAGUAAUAAUUACUUAGCUUCUAAGCUUUAAAUAACUUAUCGACACUUUACGGAUGGAUCGAUUAGAUUUAUCAAUAGAUAGCUUCUAAGCUUUAAAUAACUUACGAACACUUUACGGAUGGAUUGAUUAGAUUUACCUAUCAAUUGUCGUCGUAAAUUCGCAGAAUUCAAUCCGUCUUUUUUCCUGAGCUAAUGUGUAGUUUGUAGUCACAGAGACAGUCACUACAAAUCCUAUUUAUCCAGUACAUUUCCCGCUCGUCGAAGCUGUUGGGGUAAAUAUUGGACUGCAUGCAUGGAGUAUUUGCUCCUCGUGUUCCACGUUCAUCCCCCGUCGUCUUAACAAGUUAACACAGGGAAUCCUAAACGCAUCUAUCGAGUGAUUUGUUUACCUGAAUGUUUACUU